GACACACUAUCGAAAAGAAUAUGAUAUGCCGUUCCGCGACAUGCGUGCACUUCCAGAAACUGCCAAGAUCACUCUGGAAAAAUGAGCUCCUCAGAAGCAUCCAAGAACGCCAACGCCAACUCCGCAUCUAAUGCCCCGACAGGCGGCCCUACGGACGGCCAGGAUCUCACAGUCUUCGUGCAAAGUCUGCUGGAGCAAAUGCAAUCGCGAUUCGCACAGAUGUCGGACGCCAUCAUCGGAAGAAUCGACGAAAUGGGAUCGCGUAUCGACGAGCUAGAGAAAUCCAUCGCAGACCUCAUGGAGCAGACAAACGAAGAUGGCAGCGACAAGAACCAGGAGCCGACUAGCGAAGCUGCGGCUGCCAAGGACAAGGUCGAGAGUGUGUAAAGUGGAUACCAGUUCUCUUCAAGACAGCAACAUCUUUCUUCAAGCAAUAUCAACACACACACGACGCAUUUAAAUUCGCUUUUGCUUUGAUUUCUCGUUUGCAAACAGUAAAUUACUUGUCGGCAUCUUCCUACAUGUGUCCAUCUAAUAGAGAAAACCAGAACGAAAGCAGCAAAAUACUAAAAGGCCAACGAGGACACUUGCCGUCGUC